GGAAUAUCAUAACUGGAGUUUCGCAGUCCAAUUGCUGAGAUACGAAACUGCUCCAAGCGUUUUCGGUCACUAUUGAGACCUAGGUCAUGCUAAGCGUCGUACUGCUAGUAGCCUGUGUUGCAAUUGCUAUUGGCACAAUACUCUAUCUAUUCUUCUGGAAUCGCAUAUUCGGAUGGAUUCUCGGAGUUCUCGUAAGGCUCGGACUGUGGACUCAGGAUAGCUCGGCAAUAUGGGUGGACUUCGGUUCCGCACAUCUUUCAUUGAUUUCUGGUCGAAUAUUGCUUCGUGAUGUACGCUACCACUCGUGUAAUCAAACGGUUCGAAUUGUCAAAUGCCAGCUCAGCUGGAGGUGGUGGAUUCGGCGUGUCGCAGAAGAGGAGGAUCUGGCAGACGGUCGUUCAGAUGGGGCUGAACACGCUCCACGCUGCAGAAUACACGUCUCGAUGGAGGGGCUUGAAUGGUUCAUGUACAACAGAACUGCUUCAUUCGACAACAUCCUAUCACAGCUAGCUGCUGCAAAUCCAGAGCUUGCUGGAGUAAGGACAAAGAGUCGCGAAUCAAAUCUCCAUUCAAUCGACCAUUCCAUAGUUCACGACGAAAAACACCCACGCUUGAAUGUGACGGGACGACGAGCUCUUGCGACGUUUAAAUUGCCUUCGUUCGUUGGCAAGCUGUCAUCUUGGAUAAGAACUCAGCUACCUGAUUUGGACCCUAAGAACCUCUUGCCCCUGAGCUUUUCGGUCGACAAAGGUGCUAUUACAAUGGGCAAUCACACGACCGAGAAUCUCCUUCUGGGCCAAUUCGCGUCCGCCGCAGGAACCUACGGAAUUGUCCAGCCAAGAUCGAAAUUGGAUGAUUACAAGCAAAUGCUUCGGAUCACCUUCAAAGACGCAGGAAUCAGUUUUGUCGAAAAUCCUGAUUAUUGGACCAGCAACACCGGCAUAGGGAAGAGUGUGAACGAAACCUUCACAGAGUCGGAGUCUAUUACCGGCGUUAUCAUGGUUCCGCUGAACUACAGUGACUUCAAGAAGUUGUGGACUCAUGCUAGGAAACAUUUUCCGUUUUUCAAAUCUCGCGGUCGCUACUAUGUCAAACCUGAUAAAGAACGUAAAAAGAAGGGAAAGAAAGAUAGCGAGGAAAUGUCUCACGUGGGAGCUGACUUCUCUGCGCUGGAAUACGCGAUAGAACGCAAGCUACUCGAGACGCCUACCCUUGAGCUCCUUUACUAUGCGGAUGUCGCAGGACCAGUUCCGUCCGAACCAAUUGGUAAUCUGGACCGGGACAGUCACGGUGGCCUUAAGAAUCCGAAGGGGAUCGAGUUCAUGGAUAUUGGGAACGCUGAUUUGCCUCCAGAAUGGGGAGUAGAUGUUGUCGUUCAUGGAGGUAGCUUUCGUUAUGGACCAUGGGCAGAUCGACAACGUGCCCAAUUACAGCGCGUCUUUUUCCCGCAGACGUUCCAGGCUAUUGAGCCAAGCACCAUGUUGUUGCCGCGAGACCAACGUACUUGUACUUGCUUGAAGCUGUUCUUCGAGUUCCGAGGGGUGACUACGUUGCAUAUACCUUUCAGAGAGCCGUCCAAGAACUGGCAAUGGGAUGGCCUGGUAGACUUUCCGCGGACAAGGAAACAGCGUGAAGCGGCUUCGAUUCAACUGCGAGUUGGUGACAAAUCGUCCUUGAAAUAUCUUGUACCCAUGAUUGCCACAGUGGAGGGAUAUAUUGCUGAACUAGACGUUUUCAUGGACGACAUCACUGUCACAUCGAGCCUUAACGAUAUCAGACUCCUUGAAGCCUAUUCAUGUUCGGUCAAGUCAUUAUUGCCCUCCCCUCUGCGAUGGAACAGCGAACGUAGCUGGGACUUUAACGUCUCCCUCGACAAGCCGACUUUAUACAUAAUUCGUGAUCACGUUAAUAUGCUAACUGACUUGGGUAAAGAUUGGUCGACCGGUCCAACUCAUGACUUUCAUACUUUUGUGCCUAUAAUUUAUAGUCUUAACUUGAACUUACACGAUUUCGAACUCAAUUUGUAUGCAAACGAUCACAACAUUAUUGAUCGUCCGUUAGACAGACGAGAGAAUGUCCUGUUUACUUUGAAGGGAGACGUGCUCAGAAGUAUCACAACCGUUCCUUCAAACAAAUUCCGGCCUCUGUCCACGAAAGCGUCGUUUUCCAUCGUGGCGCCGGACGUUGCUGUAACCCUGACCCUUCCACGAUGGAAUACGCAUGGGCUUGUCCCAUCCUCCGUCAGGCAAUUGACUAACUUUGGCCAAGUCGGACUCUUUCGACUUGACGGGUCGUACAUGUAUCACGCCGAAGUCCGUGAUGAUUGUGUUGACCAACUGAAACUGGAUGUCCAGAUCCCUUCUACUUCAUUGAAACUCUUCGGGUGGAUAGUCCGUCACACCAUGGUCCUCAGAGAAAACUACUUUGGUGGUUUUACGCAAUACUCCACCACCAGGGAGUAUCUAGGCAAGCGGGAAGGUGGCAUUGCGGUCGGUGACCCACUCGAUUUAAAAUAUCGACCCGGAAAAAGUAAUGUAUUCCACCUUGACCUGUCUGUGACUGCUAGAGAUGGCACCAUUGUUCUUCCAGCUGGCGUUAUCGGCUUUGAGCGUGCUCAACAGGAUUGCUCGGAUGAUGUCGAUCUUGGAUCUUGUGCAGUGAUUGCAAUUCGGGAGUUACAGGUGCAACUACGUCUGCAUGACUUUUUUAUGGAGAUGUCUUUUAAUGUGGACCCGGUUGUGGUUUCGAUUGUGAACUCAUGUCCGGACAGAUUAUUGCUGUCGCAUGCAUUCAAAACGCCAAAAGAACAGCUAUCAAUAUCAGGAUUGCAUAUCACUGCUAAUCGAUUGUUCGGUCCGCAACCGCAUACGACCACUUACGUUUGUAUCUGGAGCAUCUCCAUUGGAGACGUGAAAGGUUCUUUGAGUACAAUGGAAGCUCAGAUUCUAUUGGCAGCAGGGAAAUCAUUCGGGCACGGUUUCGUCGAUCCAUUUAAUGCACCUGCCGCGGAAUAUGUCGUUCCCGCGGAACGUGAUGCAACGUUCUUGAAGGUAGCCGUCAAUAGUGUGGAUCUAUCGUGGAAGAACGAAGCUGCCGUUAUCCGUGUCGACAUCAAGGACGGCGUACAGUUUGCAUAUAAUAACAUCGCAGGCACUCGACACCGAAAGCUGACGACCGUUGCAAUCCCGACUGUCGAUAUCCAGAUGCUGCUGACGCCCGGGACAGCGAAGCAAUGUUUAGAAGUUGGUAGAUUUCGAACGGGUGUUUCCCUUGGGUUGUAUUCUGCUCCGAAAGGGUGGCGUGAGGAUGCCCAGAUUCAGAAAUCAUUUUUACGAACACAGGACUCUCAGACGCACCGCUUUGCUACUAUAAUGGGCCUUAACAGUCAAUUUAGUCCAGUCAGAUGGUCAAACACCUUGUAUCUUCAGAGCAUAUAUGCUCCACGCGUAUCGUCGUCGUCGAGGAAGACAGCUGUUCGGGUCGGCAUUGACGCUUCACCUCCACCAACUCGACGCCCAUUCCGAAAGGACGUCAUCAAUUCCGAUUCAGAAGACGAUUACCUUAUCUCUGAAGCUGACAGAGAUGAAAGACUAGCAAACUCGCGGCCUACAAGUUCUACUCUUCCUCUUGACCGGCCGGACGCCGAACAAAGCUCGUCUGCCUUUGACGAAUCUGAUGAGAACGGUGGGUCGGACUCAGAAAGCUCCUGGAGUGAUUAUUUUGAGCUCGAGGAUGGAGUUGAUCCGCGGAUACCUUACCUUGCUUUCUGCAGAAAGUUGAGUUUGCGCCAUCAGUCGCCAGAAAUGGAUUGCCAUUCUGAAUUUGUACUUGGAAGAGAGAACCCCGUUCUGCAGACGGGCCUUUUUUCGGAUGAAUCAUUGCACACGGCGAAAUUGACAUCGGAUAUAGAUUCGAAAAAGUCUGUUCCGGCGUUGCCAGAUGACGAGAAUCGCACAUACACAUGCGUGGACGUUCAACAUUCCAGUGCUUUUUUGACACCGUUAUGUCUCACGGCACUAAAAGAAAUACUUGAGCAACACAAUAUCGAAGAGCGUGGGCCCGAGUUGCGUCUUGACGAGCUGAUGCUUGAUCGGAUAUCAUCGGUCGCAGAAUCUUCCAUCUCCGUCUAUAAUGCUCGAGUCCGUUCUCUGAAGCUUCGGGUCGUACAUGAAAUCGCGGACUUGCUGAAGCUCCACGCCGUUGAUGAGCCACUAACCCCGACUCGGCGUGCGUUUGCCGUCAGCAAUGUAGGCAUUGAAGAACUUCACGGCCUUAUAAGCCUUCCGUCGUCUAAACGUACAACACAACCAGGACAUGCCACUUUUGGCAGGCUCUCCGUCAAUAGGACCUUUGGAUCGGUUGGGUUCUUGUAUACGUCAAGUUCGCCGACGAAGCACGACAUUCAAGUACCUUCCGUGGCAGUCGACUUCAGCAUGGCUAGGUUUGCAGCCGCCUUCGUGAAGUUGCGAUUACAAGCAUCAUAUGAUAAUUCUGAACUUCGUAUUUGUCGGUCCGCCCCGGAUGUUGUCCUCGCGGCUGUCAACAGUUUAGAACAUCCCUUGAAAGAACUCUGGAGCGCUGAAACAAACCAUUCUUCUCAGAUACGACUUCAAAAGAAGCAAUUGGUAUAUACGAUUCUUGCGCACAGUGGUAAUCGAAUGUCGACGGAUCUCUUGUCGUCUGUCCAGCCUGCUUUCUUCGUACAGAAGGGUCGACCGCAGCAGCUUCGUUCAGAUGAUAGCUGGAAGCUCCUCUUUCACCUUCGGCACUCCCUUACAAGCAUGUCAGCUCAGGAGUAUAACGAACUGAAACGGGGACUAAAUACAAUAGCAACAAGUACGGAUAUGGAUACUUUGGUGCAGACUCGCCAAGUUCCGUGGGCAAUGGAAGAAGGGCUACCGCUCAUCAAGGUCGAGCUUAUUGAGACGCUUUUUGCCAAACAGACAAGACUACCGGACGCGUCCCUCGACAAGCACGACAAUAGGCCCCUUAAAUCCAUGGGAUUCCAAGCUGGUUCUUUAUGCUUAGUGCUAGACAGCGGAGAUUCAUUAGCUCGAAGCUCCGUGACAAUACAAGGAGUCGAUUUUCGGGCGGACUUGCUGACAAGACGCAUGCUAUUCGAACCUCGUACUCUGUCCCCACAGUCGUCCACGAUCAGAAGUUUCAGGCCUACGUCCGAGUACGUCGACUACGGCAGUAUUUCACUUGUUACCGCACUAGAUGUCGACUCUUUGCAAAUCACCAUUUUUCCGAGCAUCAUUGAGAUGCUUCAGAAUGCAUUGCGUGCCUGGAGGACGCGUCCGCGAGAAUCCGACCUCCAAGUUACCGAAGGCGACAAAGGGACGCCAAGUUCAAUGUCAAAUUCGUACAUAAAGGAGUUCUUUGAUAACAGGGUAUUUGUAUUCGACGUUCGAGCUACCCUCCACCAUAUUCUUGUAGAAACGGCUGCGGAAAACAUCGUAUUUGAAAUUGCGUCCAGAGGUUUCUCUGUAGGCUACGUUGGACAUGCGACGAAACCUUUGGAGGGCUCUUCGUUCGACUUAUCUCUAAGUCAUACAGGCGGCUUCGAUAAAUUUGAAGUGAAGGCGAGGACAAGGACUUUUGAGGAGAGAGGUACAAACACGCUCGCUAGCAUCACGCUCGCUAGCAUAACCAUGACCAAGAGUCUCUCCGUCCUUCUUUUCCAGUAUCACGCACCACAUGGUUCGACUCUGCGCGGGACCGUCCAUGCAACUUCCCUGGAAUUGAACGUACCAAGGAGUGCUAUACGAUUAUACAAGUUCAUGGAGCAGUGGAGACAAGAUUACCUCCUUGGUCUUGACACCAUGCUAAAAUCCCUAUUCUCGGAGAUCAAACAGGGACCAGACCGUUCGUCAAAGCCAUCAAAGGUGGAGAAACGCAGGAUGGGGAUCAACCUCCAUGCCUCCGUAAAGGCAGCCUCGGUUGUCUUGCAGGUCAUGCAUGGUACUUGGUUAGCCUGGACUACUAAUGGAGUCCUUGGUUACUUCACAGAAAAAUCUGGAGAGAAAGGAAUAAUCCGUUCUGGUGGCCUGCAGAUAGAGUCGCAUUCUCUCCGGAUAUCCUCCACCUCCGCUGAUUGGUCUUCUCAGCGUCCAACAAAGAUCGUUUUGGAUCUGCCUUCUAUCACUGGGUCUGGAUCCUUUGACACGGAAGGGAGUAGUUUCCUGAUAGCUCUGGGAUUCUUGACUGUGACGAUAAAGCCUUCCCACUGGGAUUCUUUACUUUCAGUUCAACAGAAGUUCGGUCAAGACUUCAAUGACCUGAUCCUUAUUCUGGGAGACGCUAGGAGCAAGCAACCCAAAUCUCGCAGGGAAAGGCCUUCGUCAAGGAGGGAUACCGUACCGUUCUACGUCACUGCGAAGCUUGCUGGUUUUAAAAUUGGUAUGGAGGGUCCAUUUUCAACACAGUUCCUGGAAUGUACAGACAUCGACGCAACGGUUAGUCACAGCGGGUUACCGCAAUGGAGCGUUACCUUGACGGAUCUGGCAUUGUAUCUAUCGCCGAAAUCCCUUGCAAAGGAGAAGCUCGCUCAUCUUGAUCGAGGUCAGCUCCCGGUCCUAGUCUCUAUUGAUCUCCAAGCAGUGAGUCGUGGGUCACCUUCGCAAGGUCAGGAUCGCCGUCUAUCUUUGGAUAUCACGAAAUUGCAUGCUAUUUUGCAAGCACAUCUUAUGGGUGACAUUGGCGAUUUCAUAGAUUACUUGCAGGGCGAGCUAAUGCAUAGAAAGGAAAAUCGUGCUGCCGAAUUAAGAGGCUUCAAGGAGAAAGCGAGGAAUGUUAUGACAACUUUUAACCUGUAUCCUCGGAGGUCUUCAAUAGCUACGCGACAGAAAUUCUUGGACAAAUCCUCUAUCGCAAUUUCAAUAUCAAACCUUGGCGCUGCAUUUCCUUUGGAUCUUACUCGUCGGCGAGCUCGAAAACUUGGUUUGGACCAAGAACUUACCACAAAGGCACUAUUAUUAAGCAUCAAGACGUUCAAAUUUGAAACCCAGCGUGGAGAAUCUGGCGAGGCUGUCAUGGAAGGAUUUUGUUUCCAGUUUGUCUCAAGGUUUGAUCCUUCCAACCCCGAAGACUUUACCGCCAGGAGGCACCAUACUCUGAACCAGAUGUUAUACCCGCAAAUGACUGCAAGGAUGCGUACUGAAACGUCUUCGUCCACUAGACGAAUCUACGCUUCAGCGGCGGUCAGCGGGUUUAUCUUGGACCUUGACUCAUCCAUAACGUUGUAUAUAUUCUCGUUGGUCGACGCAUAUCAGCACGGUAGGCAGCGCAUGGAGCAAUUAGCCGCUGGCCUUCCACGAUCCGGCGCCGAAGUGAGCUCACCCACUCGUGCACAAGCAUCCAGUAAGGGCAGGGCAAGAAAGAGUGUCGUUACAUCGAGUAUCGAAGCGGAUCUGAGGUUCCAGAGUGGCUUGGUCCGAAUGCACUGUACUUCGAAGGAUUCCUCCGCAUUUACUUCCAUAUCUCCUGAUUGGACUGGGCAGACGUACCAAAUUCUAGACUCCGAUGCUGAACUUUUCAGGUUACCAGAGCUAACUGUGUUCGCAGAGUACCACGCAGAUGUCAGGCAGCUUGGGACCUCUACCGAAGAUGGCAUGCGCGCGCCUGUCCUUGUCUUCAGGAGCACAGUCCAUUCGAGCCACAAUUCGCUUCGCCCGCUGCUACUGAGUUUUGUUUCUGGAGUAGUCCAUAAUGUGGAAGAACGGAUGAAACAAGCUUCGAACAUUGACUUCCGUCCACCUUCCGGCAUCCGCCAGUCGCUAUCAACAGCGUCUGUGGAAGACACAAUACCUGGCAUGAAUGACUUGGAGGACUCACUACAGUCUAAUUUCCAACUCUUCAUCAGCUUGCGUAUUGACAAGUCUCGGCUUGAGUUGACAUGCAGGCCGGACGUGAACGUGAUUGCUGGCCUCAACUGGGAAAGCGGGGGAUUUGUCCUCAAUAUGGGGCCAGGAGCAAAAGGUGUCUCUUUAUCUGCGAGCAUCGAAGGGCUCACAAUUGGUUUGAAACACGGCUUCUUAUCGGACGAUUCAGCCCAUAUUGACGCAAGGAACCUUAUUUUCUCCACCAAUUUCUCAAAGUCUAGUUUAUCGUCGGGCGGACACAUCAACUCCAUUUCUGUGGUCGUCGACACCGAGUUUUCUGGCGGCAUACGGUUCUCCCGCUAUCAGGAUUUCCUAUGCUUCAAGGCUGUAUGGCUUGAUAAUAUUCCCGUCUUUACAGGAGAUGGGAGUGAAAUUGCGACCUCACCAAGCAGACUGAGUGCAGUCUCCUCGGUUGAUCAAGCACCGAAGCAAGGCUUUGAUACGGCAAUUCUCAUCCGCGUACGGCAUAUCAAGCUUGAUGCAGAUUUAGGCCAGUCGAUAAGCUUCGUCAUAUUCGAUCUGCAGGAUGCUUUGAUUCGUGCUCGCCUGACGUCGGAAUGCACCGAGUUGUCCAUAUCAUUCGAUCGAGUCGAGUUGCAGGCCAAGGGCAACCUCUCUGGACAUUUGAGGAUGCCGGACUUCGCAUUCCGAACCAUCCGAAGGCGAUAUUCAAGUGUAACUGAGAAGCAGCCACUCAGUCGAAUGCUUGAACUGAACUUGACGAGCGGCACAUUGGAUGUUCAACUCCAGUCGGACUGGCUAUGGCUAUUGCAAUAUCGCGCGGAACCUCUUGAAGCUCAGAUUUAUGAUGAUUGGAGUACGGAUGCUGAUUCAACUGAAAUCAGAAAUCGACAACUUCAUCUGUACUUCUCCGUAUCUGGAUCCAAGGUCAUGGCGAUGAUGACUAUCAUGGCUAUACCCAAGCUCCUAAUGUAUGCGGGAAAACUCAAAUCCAGUCUCGAGGCGCAACGUGAGGGUGCGAGUCGCGAGUCGUCAGCCUUCCGAUCGACCCGACUUCCCAGACCUGAUAACGCGUUAUCAGAAGUGGCAAAUGCCAUGUUCAGAUCGGCGCGGUCGAAGUUAAAGGAGUCCGAAUCACUGUCUUAUGUAAUCAACCAACACAUGAAGUUGCAACUCAGCGAGCUGGUUUUCGUUGUUUUGCCAAGGUCCCAGGGUGACAAUGAAUUGGCCCGUUUUAUCGGACGGAAUGUGAUGGCACAAUUGGAAAGGACCGUACAACAGAUUGGCCUUCCAGGACACAGAGAUCUUCAACUAUCUCUGACUCAUAUGUCCAUAUCUCAGCUCUUGAAGCAAGGGUUUGACCCUCGCCUACCUGGUCAAGAAUUUGAUGUUCUGACAACAAGCGGUCGCAACCUCUCAGGCACUGAGAAUCUCAUCUUUUCUCUGCCUGCGAUGGACAUGCGGAUGAUUACAGACGAAGGCAUUGAUGAAGGCUCAAGAGUGCUUCCUUAUGAUUUCACGAGUAAAUUUGCUCGUCAAGGAGAUCAGAGGGGAGAGAAUAUUCACAUCUCCUUCAACAUUCGUCUUUACAGCUGGCUCACUAUACUACGCAAGACCUUCGCAAGGGAACUCAAACGAGCACAGGAAGCUGCUGAUUGGAAAACUGUGAACGUUUCUCCUGCAAGUUUAACAGCCCCGAAGUUUGCAAAUCCGGACACCACUACACCGCCUUUCACGUUCGGCAGUCCUAGUGAUGGAUCGUCUUCGCCUGCCGAAAGUCGUCCGCCGAGCCGUCAUUCUAGUCGACCUUCAUCGCCUGUCCGUUCUCGCUCGGUAGAGUCGGUUCUCCUUUCCACUCCGAGUAGAUCGCAGGGUUCGCAACAACUAGUAGUAUCGCCAUCUCCUCGAUUUGGGAUUUCUGAUACGUCAAAAGUGACAGAGCAAAGGCUCGGUGUUCCGUCUGCCCAAUCUCCACCUACCUCUGGAGAGUCGUCUGACAAAUCUCCGGCGCAGGAUUCAGCGGCGAAGAAGUCGCAAGAGAUUAUCUUCGUCCCGCGAUCGCGAGAGAUCGAGCGUCUGACCGUUAAGCAGUUGGGCGAGGCCACGCCAGAUGUUAUGCAUCCUUUCUUCACGAGGAAAGCUGGGUUCAACCUCGAGGAGGCGCUACCGCAGUAUGUUCACGAAUAUGCAACACUGCCAAUUGAGAUCUUGAAUGACCAUGUUGGUUGUCGAGAAGCAGCGGGAGACGGCGAGGCUGCCUGGCUCGACAUUUUCCUGCUUGUAGCCUUGGUCACGACUCCGACUGCCAUAGAUGGGGAACGUAAGCAACUAACACAGGCACGUGACUGCUGA